AUGGAAGGGCAGAGAUCCUCUGUUGUACAACACCGUGUGUUGUUUGGAAGAUCUUUCUGGAUAGGGUGGAUACUUUCAACGGGGCCAUUGAUCGUUGGGGGGGACCAACAUGGGCUUUGUGCGGAUCCAGUUACUUUGAUGCUCUGGGUCGACAAGGGGAAGCCAUGGCCAAGGCUUGACCGUCUUGCCCAGUUGUUAUUCUCUGCACCUUAUGAUCUCUGUAGAACCGAGGGCAUUCCUGACCACCAUGAACGGCAGUUGCAACCAAUACUAGUUUUGUUCAUUACUAUUGAUUCAAUACUAAGCAUUUUGAUUCUCCAACGUGUGCUUCAUGAAGUAUGUGCCUAA